UUUUCUCUCUUCCAUUUCCUCUCCCAUACGUCCACCUUCUUCAAUCACAAAAUGUCCUCUGCAGAAGAGUUUGGAUUCCAGGCCGAGAUCGGUCAACUCCUGGACCUUAUCGUCAACACUUUUUACUCCAAUAAGGAGAUUUUCCUCCGCGAGCUCAUCUCGAACGCCUCGGACGCGCUCGACAAGGUGCGCUAUGCCGCGCUGACAGACCCCUCCCAGCUCGAUUCGGGCAAGGAGCUUUUCAUCCGCAUCAUUCCCGAUAAGGAGAACAAGACCCUCUCCAUCCGCGAUACCGGCAUCGGCAUGACCAAGGCUGAUCUGGUCAACAACCUGGGUACCAUCGCCAAGUCUGGUACCAAGGCGUUCAUGGAGGCGAUGUCUGCUGGUGCCGACGUUUCCUGCAUCGGUCAGUUCGGUGUGGGCUUCUACUCCGCUUAUCUCGUCGCCGAGCGUGUGCAAGUCAUCACCAAACACAACGACGACGAGCAGUACAUCUGGGAGUCUGCGGCUGGCGGCACUUUCACUAUUACCCACGAUACCAUCAACCCCCCCCUUGGCCGUGGCAGCGAGAUCAAGCUGUAUCUCAAGGAGGAUCAACUGGAGUACCUGGAGGAGAAGCGCAUCAAGGACGUCGUGAAGAAGCACUCUGAAUUCAUCUCCUACCCCAUCCAGCUCGCUGUCACCAAGGAGGUCGAGAAGGAGGUUGAGGACGACGAGGAGGCCAAGGAGGACGAGGCCAAGAUCGAAGAGGUCGAAGAUGAGGAUAAAGAAAAGAAGACCAAGAAGGUCAAGGAGACAGUCGUUGAGAACGAAGAGCUGAACAAGACGAAGCCGAUCUGGACCCGCAACCCCUCUGAGAUCAAGGAGGACGAAUACAAUGCGUUUUACAAGAGCUUGACUAACGAUUGGGAAGAUCCCCUCGCCCACAAGCACUUCUCCGUCGAGGGCCAGCUCGAAUUCAAGGCCAUCUUGUUCGUUCCCAAGCGUGCGCCCUUCGAUCUCUUCGAGACCAAGAAGAAGCGCAACAACAUCAAGCUCUACGUCCGCCGUGUGUUCAUCAUGGAUGACUGCGAGGACAUUAUUCCCGAGUACCUCAACUUCGUCAAGGGAAUUGUCGACUCUGAAGAUUUGCCGCUGAACAUCUCUCGUGAGACCCUUCAGCAAAACAAGAUCUUGAAGGUGAUCCGCAAGAACUUGGUCAAGAAGUGCAUGGAUUUGUUCAACGAGAUCGCCGAGGACAAGGACAACUUCAACAAGUUCUACGAGGCUUUCUCGAAGAAUCUCAAGCUCGGCAUUCACGAGGACAGCCAGAACCGGUCGAAGCUGGCCGAGUUCCUCCGUUUCUACUCCACGAAGUCCGGCGAGGAGAUGACAUCCUUCAAGGAUUACAUCACGCGCAUGCCAGAAGUACAGAAGUCAAUUUACUAUCUUACUGGCGAGUCCCUUCCUGCUGUCCGUGACUCUCCCUUCCUGGAGGUCCUCAAGAAGAAGGGCUUCGAGGUCCUUCUGCUCGUCGACCCCAUCGACGAGUAUGCCGUCACCCAGCUCAAGGAGUUUGAGGGGAAGAAGCUGGUCUGUGUGUCCAAGGAGGGUCUUGAGCUUGAGGAGACUGAGCAGGAGAAGACGGAACGUGAAGACGAGGCGAAACAGUUCGAUGAUCUCUGCAAGUCGAUCAAGGAGGCCCUCGGCGACAAGGUCGAGAAGGUUGUCGUCUCCAACCGUAUCGUCGACUCCCCUUGUGUUCUCGUUACCGGCCAGUUCGGCUGGUCUUCGAACAUGGAGCGUAUCAUGAAGGCGCAAGCGCUCCGUGAUGCGUCUAUGUCGUCGUACAUGGCGAGCAAAAAGACUCUGGAGCUUAACCCGCACAACCCCAUCAUCAAGGAGCUGAAGACGAAGGUCGCUGCGGACAAGAACGACAAGACUGUCCGCGACCUGACUUACCUGCUCUAUGAGACUGCCCUCCUUACCUCUGGCUUUGUCCUUGACGAGCCGUCGAGUUUCGCCAAGCGUAUUCAUAGGAUGAUAUCGCUCGGCCUGGAUGUGGAUGAAGAUGAGACGCCUGCGGCGGUCCCCGAAGCUAAGGAGGAGGUGCCUGCGCAGGAGGCAACAUCCGCCUCCGCUAUGGAGGACAUCGACUAAAAGAUGUUGCUCGUAUACGUCUACUUGCGGGCUAAUCGCUUUCUCUGACAUUUCAUGUGUUUCCAUACCUCGUCUCUCUUUUCGGUCACGUUUGCAUGCACACACUAGCGUAGUUACCAUUACAUGCACUUGAUUCAUGAGCCAAAUCUGCCCCGGAUGGCAGCAAGAGAAGUCGACAGAUCAUCAACCCUCCACAUUGUUUGCUGGCAUUAGUUUGUCGACGUAUUUUACCUGAAA